AUGAUUGCUCCCGUUCUCGUUGGAAUUGGAGCCGUCAUAGCAUUCAUUUUGGCGUUUGCUAUCGGUGCCAAUGACACCGCGAACUCGUUCGGAACUUCUGUUGGAAGCAAGGUUUUGACUCUUCAUCAAGCAUAUGUUUUGGCUAGCAUUUUCGAAACUCUUGGAGCUUGUCUUCUUGGUCAUCAAGUCACGGACACUAUGCGUAAAGGCGUGAUCCAUAUGUCUUUGCUCGGUACAAAUGAAAACGGUACCACUGUUAUGAGCAAUGACGAACUCGCCCAAACCAUCAUGUUGGGACAAAUCGCGAUCCUCGCCGGAUGCGGUGUGUGGAUGUUGUUGGCGACUGCAUUCAAGCUGCCCGUCUCUACAACUCACUCUAUUGUUGGAGCUACUAUCGGAUUUGCUCUCGUUGCUAAUGGAUCCCGCGUAAUCAUCUGGGAAAAAAUUUACAACAUCUUUGCUUCAUGGAUUGUCUCACCACUAUUAUCUGGAUUAAUGUCUGUUGUGAUCUACAGCUCCCUUGACCAUCUGGUUUUACGUCGGAAAGAACCAUUGCACAGUGGGAUUCGAGUCCUUCCUGUUCUCUACUUCCUCUGUUUUGCUUUCAACGUAUUCGCCAUCGUCUACAAAGGACCCUCAUUCCUGUACCUCAAUAAUCUCACUGUUGUCGAAUGUCUCAUUAUUUCGGGUGUCUUCGGAUUGGUCGUUGCUCUCGUUUUCGCAUUUUUCCUGGCUCCGUAUCUCAAGGAUCACAUCUUGAGCAAAGAACUUCUUGAAAUAACCGGAAAACAGCGACAUGGACAUCAUCACGACAAGAAUGGUUCGAAACGGAAGGAUAUUGAAUUGGAAGAAGGAAACGGAAAGUGCCUCGAAAUGACUAUCAACGAAGACCAUCAGAAAGUUGCUCUUCUCGAUCAACCAACUAUCGUUGUAAGCACCUGCCCUGCCAAUGGAGAAUCAACUUCUUCUUUCACUAAUCCAAAGAACACAAUCCGACCAUCGUCAUCUCUCGCUUCGUUCUUCCGUUCCUGCAAACCAGAAGAUCCACAAGCAUCGCGCCUUUUCUCACUUCUUCAAGUGAUGACUGCCUGCUUCGGAGGUUUCGCUCACGGAGGAAACGAUGUCAGCAAUGCAAUCGCACCACUAGUCUCACUCGUUUUGAUUGCGAGUACUGGACUAGAAGAUUCUGUAAAGAUGUCAACUCCAUGGUACCUUCUUCUUUAUGGAUCCGCCGGAAUGUGCCUUGGUCUCUGGAUUCUUGGACAUCGUGUCAUUUACACUGUCGGAGAAAACAUCACCAAAAUUACACCUGCUUCUGGAUUUGCUGUGGAGUUUGGAGCUGCCGUUACUGUCUUGAUUGCAUCGAAACUUGGUCUCCCAAUUUCUUCCACUCAGUGCAAGGUAGGAUCGGUUGUUGCAGUCGGUUUGCUCCAAUCCAAACAUCAAGUACACUGGGGAGUAUUCCGAAACAUCUCGCUCUCAUGGAUAGUCACUCUUCCUGUUGCUGGUCUUCUCUCCGGUGGAACCAUGGUAAUUCUUCAACUGCUUACGUUCGGAACAAGCGGUCAACCUGAAAAUUCGCCACUUCGUAGUUUCUUCUAA